GAUGAAAAUCUUUUUCUUGGCAACGAUGUUCAAAGUUUUCGUCCUGAGCGAAUUCACUGUGUGACAACAAUUCAAGAAUGAUGGAAUUUGAAGGAAUAGUUCUCGAUACGAAAGCAGCAACGAAUGGGAAUAGACAAGUUUUAAUGUGCAAAAGGAGAUGCAAAUCAUCAAUUGGUACCUUCGUCAACAUGUAAUGCAGAGACCUUUCUCGAGCAAUUUGUAUAAUUAUUUCGCAACGGAGUUGGUAUUUGAUUUUCCUCUUCACUGGUCAAAUAAAAAUUUAUCGCGAUAGCUUAUGACUCGUCAUGACGAUAGGGAUUAAAGGAAUAUUUCGGUAACAGGUAAAUAUGACGCGGUUAUAACUUAUAUAGGAACAAGGAAUAAGAGCGAUAAGGACGUAGUGAUAGCGAUAGAUAAAGCGAUAAACCUGUUUCUGCCAAAAAUAUAUAUAAUAGCGGAAUUACGGAGCAUGAAUCGAAGUUUCAACGACAAUUGACGAAAUGGAUCACUAUUGUGUUGUUCUACGAUUAAUACUGGGUAUUAUUCUUAUGGGAUCGAGCAAUUCCAAAUUGGUCGACAAGCAAUGGUGGGAAACCGCUUUGAUUUAUCAAAUUUGGCCGAGGGGAUUUCAAGACAGCGAUGGAAAUGGCGAGGGUGAUUUAAAGGGUAUUAUAAAUCGUCUCGAUUAUUUAAAAGAUCUUGGAAUUGAUGCAAUUUGGUUGAACCCUAUUUAUUCAUCACCACUUAUAGAUUCUGGAUACGAUAUUUCUAAUUAUACUGACAUUAAUCCUCUGUUUGGUAAUCUUCAGGAUUUUGAUGAGCUUAUAAGGGAAGCACAUAAUCGUGAUCUGAAGGUGAUUUUAGAUAUAGUACCAAAUCAUUCAAGCGAUCAACAUGAAUGGUUUUUACUGUCAAGUCAAAAUAUUAAACCUUAUAAUGACUAUUACAUUUGGGCAAAUGGAUUUACAGAUGGGAAUAAAAAAAUUCCUCCUAAUAAUUGGGUAAGCACUUACAAUGAUGAAGAGGGAUCUGCAUGGACAUGGCACGAUAAGAGAAAACAAUGGUAUUAUCAUAAAUUUCAUAAAUCUCAACCUGAUCUGAAUUUAAGAAAUGAAAAUGUAUUGCAAGAAUUACUGAAUGUUUUCAACUUUUGGUUAAAAAAAAAUGUUGAUGGUUUUCGAAUCAGUGCAGUAUCAUAUUUCUAUGAAGAUAUAGAUUUAAAAAAUGAAUUUAAAGGAAAUAGAACAUCUGGAUUACCAGAAAACACAGCCCUUGUAUAUAAAUUUCGCUCAUAUAUUGAUGAUUGGGUAAAAAAAAAUAAUGCAACUUCAAAAUUAUUGAUUGCUGAAUCUUAUGACUCUGAUGAAGUGUUGAUAUCACUUUAUGGUAAUUCAACGCACAAUGGAAUUCCACCUUUUAAUUUCCGAUUGAUUACUUCAGUUCAUAAUACAAGUACUGCUGAUCAUAUUAAAAAUGUUUUGGAAAAUUGGUUUAAAAAAAUUCCCAACAAAGCAAGCACAAAUUGGGUGCUUUCCAAUCAUGAUAAUUCAAGAGCAGCCUCAAGGAUCGGAUUAAAUCGCGUAGAUGGACUUCAUAUGCUUAAUCUACUGUUACCUGGUCAAGCAUAUACUUAUUAUGGAGAAGAGAUUGCUAUGUUAGAUAGAAAAAUGUUAUGGAAUGAAACAAUCGAUCCUAUGGGUUGUUCGAGAACGAAGGAAACAUAUGCAAAUUAUUCCAGAGAUCCUGCAAGGACACCAAUGCAAUGGAACUUUAAUAUCUCAGCAGGAUUUUCGUCUAAUAAAACUACAUAUCUUCCUCUUCAUCCAGAUUAUAUAGAAAGAAAUGUUGAAGCUCAGCAAUAUAAAUCACAUAGCAAUUUGAACACAUAUAAAUUACUUGCUGCUCUUAGGAAGGAUAAAGUAUUUACUCAUGGAGAUUAUGAAUUUGCAACCUUAAAUGGUGGUCGCAUAUUUAUUUUUAAAAGAUCUUUAGAAAAUAAUCCUACAUAUUUUAUUGUUAUUAAUUUGGGACUACGACAUGAAACGAUUAAUUUAAUGUCAUUAUACCCGAAUUUUGAAGAUCCUCUGGAUAUUAUUAUCGCUUCUAGUAAUGCUGUUCACAAUACAGCAACUAUUUCACCAAAAAACAUCAUACUCACAGCAAAUGCGGCAUUUGUAUUAAAAGCUGACACAUGCAAUUGCAAUAAUAAUACAUCUGAAGGAAAUAACACAACUGAAACAACUACAAGUUCUAUAUUGACGACAACUAAAAAAAAUUCAGCUGCUAUUUGUUCAUCAAUUCAUAUAAUAACAAGUAUAAGUAUUGCAGUAACAUUAUUAUUUAACUUUUCAUCAUUUUAUUAACUCAAAUUUUAUAGAAUAAAAAAUUUAGAAUAAUUUAGAAUAAAAAAUAAUUAAAGUAAAUAUUUUUGUAUUAAUAAGAGCUUAUAAAUACAAAAGUAACAAAUAUAUGUUUAAUCCAUCCCAUUUUAUAUAUGUUAAAUAUAUCUUAUAGAUAUGAAAUUUAUUUUUAAUAACAGAGGCAUCAGCCUCAGAUAUUAAUAUUCUGGUUCUGAAGUAUUGCUAUAAUUUAUAUUAAUAACAACAUAAAUACUAUUCAAAUACGUUCACAAAGCAAUUAAUGAAUUGAAUGACUCAUAAUAAUCUAAAGCAAUGUGGUCUCAGGUAGUGGCAUAUGUUGUUUAUAAAUCAAUUGUAUUUAAAAUUAUAAAUUAUAAUAAAAAAUAAAUCUUAUUUCCGUUGGAUA